CUUUCCGGUGACGUCACAAUACACACACACAAAAGUUACAUCGAGUUGUCGUUUUUUGUUGGUGAUGAUGAUUAUAAAUAUCGACGACUUUUAUUAGAUAUUUGGAUGAAACAAUUACAGAUCAAGUUAACUUCAAUGGAUGAUCAACAAGAAACGGGUCGCAAACUGAGAGUUAAAGAACGGAAACAUUACACUGAUGAUUGCCUUCAAGAUGAAGAUAUUGAAGGUAAAAGAUUAUUUUCUGUUGAAGAAAAACUGAAUAGUGAACAAUUUGGAAAUUAUUUUGUUAAAGAAUUAAAAGGAGAAGAAUUCAGCUUGAAGUAUUUUCAAGAAUAUGGAUUCGAGUAUCCUAUAUUAUUUAAAGAUAAAUCUGGCUUAGGAAUGCGAAUGCCAAGUAAUAAUUUUACUGUAAAUGAUGUUAGACAAUGUGUUGGGAGCCGUCGAAUAUUAGAUGUAAUGGAUGUUACAACACAAAAAGAUACAGAAAUGACAAUGAAAGAAUGGUGCCAAUAUUUUGAAGAUCCUAAGCGAGAGAGGCUGUUAAAUGUUAUAAGUUUAGAGUUUAGUCAUACUCGACUUGAACAUUAUGUGGAAUCGCCAACAGUUGUACGACAAGUAGAUUGGGUUGAUUUAGUAUGGCCUCGUCAUUUGAAGGAAAGUCAAAUAAAAGGAACAAAUGAUAUUGAAGAUAUGAAAUAUCCAAAAGUUCAAAAAACUAAUUUAGGAUUUGCUCCAUGUGAAAGGGGAGUUAAGGUCUUUUGGUUAAUACCACCAACAGAACAUAAUAUUCAAUUAUAUGAACAGUGGGUUCUUUCUGGAAAACAGGGUGAUGUUUUCUUUGGUGAUACCGUUGAAAAAUGUGCAAGAAUACAUUUAUAUGAUGGCUACACAUUUUUUAUUCCUACUGGCUGGAUACAUGCUGUUUUUACACCAGAAGAUAGUUUAGUAUUUGGUGGUAAUUUCCUACAUAGUUUUGGAAUUAAGAAGCAACUACGUAUUGCACAAGUGGAAGAUAUUACCCAUGUGCCUCCAAAAUUUCGCUAUCCAUUUUAUACAGAAAUAUUAUGGUAUGUUUUGCAACGUUAUGUAAAUUGUGUCAAAGGUAAAAAUCAUUUAACAUGCAACGAAGAGGGUGAUCCAGUCAAAUUAGAUGCAGUUCAACCUAAUGGAACAAUUUCUGAAGAAAAUAAGCAAUCUAAUAGUGAAAAUACAAGAAAACAAUCUGUACAUCUAACUAGAUUGGAAAUUGAAGGAUUACAUGCAAUAAAGGUGUGGCUUCAGAGUCUCCCUCAGAAUAAGAAAAGUAUUCCAGAUCUUAUUUAUAAUUAUGAAGCACUAAUUGCUGAUGUUGAGAGUCUGAUUCGAGAACAUAUUAAUGAUGAUUGUAGACUAGCUAUUACCGGAAAACCUGUUUUAUUUUGGAUUGAAUCAAAGAAACCAAGAAAACAACGAAAUAGUCAUCCUUAUCUUUCAAAACCUACAAAAGCUUUAAGUAAUAAAGCAGGUGGACCUCGUCACAGGAGAACACGAUGUAAAAAAUGUGAAGCUUGUCGUCGAAAUGACUGUGGAGAAUGUACUUUCUGUAAAGACAUGAGAAAAUAUGGAGGUCCUGGCAGAAUGAAACAGUCUUGCAUAAGUAGGCAGUGUAUGGCUCCAAUGUUACCACAUCCUGCAUGUUGCAUAUUAUGUGGACAAAAUGGUUAUGAUAAAAAUGAUGAUUCUGAAGAACAAACAUGUAAUUUAAUGGAAUGUUCUGAAUGUUGGGAAAUUGUCCAUCCAUCUUGUCUUCAAGAAAAAAUGCCUGAUUUACCAGAAGGAAUAAUUAACGAUGAUCUACCAAAUAGUUGGGAGUGUCCGAAAUGUUGUGGUCAUGGAAAACCAGAAGAUAUAAAGCCAAGACAAAUUAAACCAUUACGACAAAAGUUACAAAUAUGCAAUGAAGCAAAAGAUUCAGCAAUAUCUGCUUCUCCACCUGUGCCUAAAUCUGUAGCCACAUCAACAUCAUCACCUGCAUUGUCACCUUUAUCUGUUCCUUUAUCUUUAUCAAGUUUAUUAUCAUCUCCAAAUCAAGUAUAUGGAAUAGCUGCAACAGAAAUAAAAAGUGAUAAUGAGCCUCCUACAAAAAAGCCCAAAUUAGAUAAUUCAAAUAUUCAAGAAAUAAGAAAUAAUGUUUCACCAGUUGCAAUACCUGAACUAACAAUAGAUAAUAUGUUUAGUGAGAAAACAAAAGAAUCUAUAGAAGAUGUAUUAGAAGAAAAGACUAUUAAAACUUUUAACACACCAUUAUUUAGUAGUGUUAUGGAAACUACAAUGCCUUCUCCAAAUAAAGAUAUGAACAAAGAGAAGACUAAUAUACAGACUGCAAUUGGUAGGACACCGGAUAUUGUUAUGAGACAGCAUCGUUCUGAAAUUAGCUACCCUCCAAGAGUUACAACUAGGAAACAUAAAGAAAGCACCCGGGAAAGGCUUGUUAGAAGUAUGAAAGGUUUAAGGAAAAGUUCAGAACUGCAUAUUAGUAGAACUAAAUCAUCAAUUGAUAGAAGCAACAAGCCUUCAGUUUCUAACACUACAGUAUUGUCAAAAUGCACUGUGAAAGUAGAAAAAGUUGAUGUUCAGAGAUUAAUGAAAAAAACCGAACAAGGAGGAUUGAUAGACACUGCAAACAAAGAAGUUGGAAAAGAAACACCAAUAGCUACUGUUUCACAAACACCACAAACAUCUGAAAGUCCAGCUUUUUGUGAUGAGAGGAUAAACUUACAAUCACAGAAAUUUUCCACUAUGUUGAGAGAUCGAUCUAACCUACAAAAAUCUAAAUGUUUAGAUUGUGUUUCUUGUUUAUCAACAAAAUGUGAAACUGAACAUAUGAGGACAGAACAAGAAAAUUUAGCUUUAGAAAAAGAAGUUAUCUUUCCAGUUUUUCGUUACCUCACUCAUACGGAUUUGUUUAUUUGUCAGCUUGUUUGUAAAACUUGGAGUCGCUGGGCUAUUGAUCCGAAACUUUGGACUCGUAUGAAUGUGUCUCGCCGUCGAGUUACCAUCAAUGGACUUUUGGGGAUUACCAGAAGACAGCCAUUGUCUUUAAAUCUUAGUUGGACAAAUAUUACUUUCAAGCAGUUGUCUUGGUUAAUAGCUAGAUUGCCUCAGUUGAAGGAACUGUUGUUGUCUGGUUGUUCAUCAACAGUUAUUACUGCUCUCUGUAGUUGUAAUUGCCCAUUGUUACGUUACUUGGAUCUGAGGUGGAUUGAUGGAUUGACCGAUUCAAUGAUCCGUGAUCUCGUAUCACCUCCAAAGGACUCAAGACCUGGUUUUGUGGAAACUAGAACACGUUUGAGGCAUCUUGCUGAAAUCCGUCUGUCCGGAACUGAUAUCUCUGAUGUCUCUGUGCGUCUUCUAGCUCAUCACUUGCCACUAUUGAGUCGUUUAGAUCUCAGUCAUUGCCAUCAGAUAACAGAUAUGGGAAUAGCCGUACUUGGAGCAGCCAAAGCAUCGAGAUUAUCUUCUCUCGACGUAUCAUCUUGUUCUAAUAUAACCGACACUAGUCUAGAAGCUCUCAGACGUUGCACUAGUUUAACUUUUCUUGAUUUACGAGAUUGUGGCCAAGUUUCAGAAUUAGCCUGUUCCAAGUUUGUCAGACAGAACAAUUUUAUGCUCACGGUGCGAGAUGGAAAACUCUUGCAGAAACAAACUUAAUUAAUUACUAGCAGUUGAGAAUAUUAGUGGGAAAUGAAAAGUUGUUACAGUUAUCAAACUGCAUAAUAAGUUGCAAUAUCUUGUUCAAAAACUAAAACGUACAAUGGACGACAUAUAAAUAAUAAUUGUACCUGUUACACCAUUUUUUAAUAUCUAUGAUACUGUUAGGAGAUGGGCUAUUUGUUUGCCUAGCCUACAUACUACAUAAUGGAAAUGGAAUUAAAUAUAUUCAAGUGAUUAUUCUUAAUGCCUACCAAAAAUAUGAAACUCAAAUAACUUUCUGUUCGAAACUAAGGAAGGGAAGUUGUCGGAACAAUCUAUUCAUCCCAUAAAAUCACUAAACAGUGUUCAUCAAUAUAUUUAAAUAUUCCAGCAUUCAAACUAGAAGCAAUGUGUCAUUUCAGAGCUAUAUCAUUCCCUUCAUCUUAAACUACAGCAUAAAUUGAUUUUUGCAAUGUUAGAUACAAACUGUGGUUAUUGUCUUAAAUUUGUUUUUCAUCAGGAGUUUUAAGUGAAGUCUUCAAUUCUUGUUCCCAAAUUGUAAAUGUUAUUUUAGAAUAAUCGAUAGUAGUUCAAUUUCCAUUUAUCGGUCAUCACUGUAAGACCAGAAUACGAAUCAUCAAAAACCUUGGGAUAAUUUUAGGCAUCACUGUGAUAUGUCCCAAGCAAAUACAUGAUACGUUUACUGUUUUCCUACUAAAAGAUAUAUGUAGCUUUUAUCUUCAAGAGAAUACUUUUAUUUGUAUGAGAAUUUUUUCUUUUAUCUAUUUCUAUUUCAUUAAGCAAGAAAUUUUAUCCUUUGAAAUUAAAUCAUGCAAAACUAAUUCAUUCAGUUUACGGCAUAUUUUCAUCUAAUAUCGCUUUUCUUUUAUUUCAUCAUUGUACAAAUAAUAAUUUAUAGAAAUUUUCUUUGGCAAAUGAAAGUGUUUGUGUUUUACUGAGCAAUAGUUUGAAUAUUAUGGUGUUUUAUGUGACAAUUGCAAUAUUUAGAUUAUUAAGUAAUUUAAUUUUUAAUUUUCAAAAUCACUUGUUAUAGAAACUAUAAGUUGUUUGAAUUAUUUAAAUAUUCACGAAUAAUGCAAUCUAUUUUGUGUUCUAGAUAUGUAAUUAAAAUUUUUAUCCUGAAUUUUUGUUUUUGUUCCAUAUAUUUGUUUAUUCAAAGUUUGGAACAUUUGCAAAUUAUCCUACUCAUAUUUCUGUGAAUAUUACAAAAAUUACAAUUUAAAAAAUAUAUAUAUAUUUCUUUUUAACCUAAUUUAAAAUUUGCAAUUUGUUUUUAUGACAUUUGUGUGUUUAAAUAUUAAUUUAUCAUGUAGAAAUAUAUAUAUGCUGAAAGUGAAAAUGUUAUUGCCACGAACUGAUUAUUUGUAUUUCAUCUAAGCCAUAAGAAACCAAGAUAAAGAAAACAACAUUUUCAGUGUUUUCAUCGAAAACUAUGAAAUGGCAAAUACCAAAGUUGUAGAGUUUGUUUUGUUCUAUUAGCUCAUUAUUCUUUCAUAAAUGUAAUUAAUAUUUUGAAAAUUUGUAUAUUUUGUUCAUAUAAACACCUAAAAAUGAUUAAAUAUUAAAGGUGAAUAAAUGCGUAUUUAUAAUUACUA